CUGUUGUCAAGUACAACACAUACGACCGCAUCCAUACUUUAAAAACCUAGGAUAUAGUAAAAGAGAAAUAUGAUGGAGGAUCGUAUGACAGGCUUCAGGUUCUAUCCAACUGAGGAAGAGCUAAUCUCUUUCUACUUGCACAACCAGCUCGAGGGCUCGCUACAAGAUCGGCUCCCCCGGAUCAUUCCGGUCCUCGACAUUUACGCCACUGAACCAUGGAAUCUCCCUGAGCUUUCCGGAGAGGUAUGCCGAGAAGACAAAGAGCAGUGGUUCUUCUUCGCUCCGAUGCAGGAGAGAGAAGCCAGAGGAGGGAGACCGAGCAGAAGCACAGCGGUGGGUUACUGGAAGGCGACUGGAUCGCCCAGUUCCGUCUACUCAUCGGACAACAAAGUGAUUGGGAUGAAGAAGUCCAUGGUCUUCUACGUGGGAAAAGCUCCGACAGGAACAAAAACCAAAUGGAAAUUGAAUGAGUACAGAGCCGCAGAAACAAUCUCACCUCCCAAUUUGAAUUCUGCAAGUUCUAGUAUGCCCAUGUUUAGGUUGAGGCAUGAAUAUGCAUUGUGCCGAGUGUACAUUGUGUCCGGGAGCUCCCGAGCAUUUGAUCGUCGGCCACUAGAGUUGGUGGCUGGAGAGACAAUACAAUGCGGAGACGGUGGUGGCAGCGGUGGCCAAUCCGCCUCCCCAUCAGGAUCAGUGACAGAAUAUAAUGAUGGAACUUCCAGUUGCAGGGAGAAAACUAGCAUGGAAUCGGAAGAACCUAUAUGGGAUUGGGAGCACCUCAAUGGGUUUUUGCAGCGUCCUUAG